AUGGCUGCCAUCAGCAGCUCUGCCUGUGCUUCCCGGGGUUGUGGGCAGCGCGUGGAAGCGUCAGAGGCCCGGAAAGCCGCCUGUGGGUCCCGGCAUCUGGGUUUGCAGUGUGGCGCGGGCUCUGUGGUUCUUGGAGAAGAGGCUCGAGCUUCUCAGAUCCUGGUCCACACCGGCAAGUGGCCCCAGAGGACGAGCAGCUGGGUGGCCUUCGCCAGCCCUCGCUUCACGGGGCCUCAGCUGCCCAUCUUUUGCUCAGAAGCCUGCAGCUGCAACCUGCACGCCCGGCGCUGCCGCUUCAACAUGGAGCUCUACAAGCUGUCCGGGCGCAAGAGUGGGGGCGUCUGCCUCAACUGCCGCCACAACACGGCCGGCCGCCACUGCCACUACUGCAAGGAGGGCUACUACCGCGACAUGGGCAAGCCCAUCACCCACCGGAAGGCCUGCAAAGCCUGCGAUUGCCACCCCGUGGGCGCUGCUGGCAAAACCUGCAACCAAACCACCGGCCAGUGUCCCUGCAAGGACGGCGUGACCGGCAUCACCUGCAACCGCUGCGCCAAAGGCUACCAGCAGAGCCGCUCCCCCAUCGCCCCCUGCAUAAAGAUCCCCGUGGCGCCGCCCACCACUGCAGCCAGCAGCGUGGAGGAGCCGGAAGACUGCGAUUCCUACUGCAAGGCCUCCAAAGGGAAGCUGAAGAUCAACAUGAAAAAGUACUGCAAGAAGGACUAUGCCGUCCAGAUCCACAUCCUGAAGGCGGACAAGGCGGGGGACUGGUGGAAGUUCACCGUGAGCAUCAUCUCCGUGUACAAGCAGGGCGCGAGCCGCAUCCGGCGCGGUGACCAGAGCCUGUGGAUCCGCUCGCGGGACAUCGCUUGCAAGUGCCCCAAGAUCAAGCCCCUCAAGAAGUACCUGCUGCUGGGCAACGCGGAGGACUCGCCGGACCAGAGCGGCAUCGUGGCCGACAAGAGCAGCCUGGUGAUCCAGUGGCGGGACACGUGGGCGCGGCGGCUGCGCAAGUUCCAGCAGCGCGAGAAGAAGGGAGAGUCCCCCAGCUUCAGCGGCGAGGACCCCUCCCUGAGGAAGCACCUCUUCCACGAGGAGAUGAAUAGGAACUGA